CUACUACUUUGAAACUAUUAUACUGCAAGUAUUGCAUCGUCUUUUAGUGCUGUUGUAUCAUCUUUCGGAGUAAAAAUUGGUCAGCAUUGUUGUUGUUGAAGUUGAGAGAGUUUGAAACAUAGCUGACAGAACACACAUUAGUCAAUGAUCAACAUGAUACGAAGUAUAUUUUCCGCUCCUAAGUUUAGGACUCUAGUAUCCUAUACUAGGUCCCAUAUACAGCACCGAAAAUUUCAUACCAAUUUACUUGCAAUGGCUUCUCAUGAUGCAGAAUUCAAAUCUGCUAAAGAUAAUUUAGGAACAUUAAAAGAAGACCCUGGUAACAUGGCUAAAUUACAGUUAUAUGCUUUGUUUAAGCAGGCUUCAAUAGGAGACUGUAAUGCAAAGAAACCUAGUAUGGUCGAUUUUGUUGGGAAAGCCAAGUAUGAUGCAUGGAAUAAGUUGAAAGGCAUGUCACAGGAUGAAGCUCAACUGAAUUACAUUAAAACUGUAAAUGAAUUAGUUGCAGCUGAAGCUCCAGCUAAAACAGAACCUUCUGGUUCCACUGGCAAUUACAAAUUUCUCCUUGUUGAAUGUAAAGAUUCUGUUUUCAAAAUAACUUUUAACCGACCAGCUAAAAGGAAUGCAAUUACAAUAGAUAUGUAUUAUGAAAUUAUUAAUGCCUUGCAAGAAGCAACUACUGCAGAUUGUUCCAUAGCUGUUGUUACAGGCGCUGGUGAAUACUUCUGUAGUGGUAAUGACCUCAAUAACUUUGCUAAUGUUGCACCUGAAAACAUUUCUGCUAUGGCUGAAAAUGCUUCUGUAAUCCUAGGAAAAUUUGUUCGUGCACUCAUUGAUUUUCCCAAACCUCUAAUUGCCUUGGUAAAUGGUCCAGCUGUUGGGAUUUCAGUUACAGCACUUGGUUUAUUUGAUGCUGUUUAUGCCUCAGAUAAGGCAACAUUCCACACUCCAUUUUCAUCUUUAGGCCAGUCACCUGAAGGAUGUUCUUCAUAUGUAUUUCCAAAGAUCAUGGGAACAGCAAAGGCAUCUGAGAUACUUUUAUUUAAUAAGAAGUUAACGGCUAAAGAAGCAUUUGAACGGAAUUUGGUGUCUGAAGUUAUACCCCAUGGCUCAUUUGCUGAGGAAACAGAAGCAAAGGUGAAACUAUAUGCUUCUUUUCCUCCUCAGGUAAAUACUUUUUUGGCAAUAGAUUUUUUUCCUCUUUUUGUUUUAUUUAGUAGAAGCACUAAUACUGAGCUUACAUCAUGCUAAUGUGUUAACCAACAA